AUGAAAUCACAACUCAGUCCACGCAUUGCAAUAGAAGAACCAGUUAUUUCCUCAUUUUGGGCUUUCAAACAAGGAGGGUCUGUAAAGACCACAAAAAAACGAUAUUUUGUUUUAAAAGCCAACAAACUGUUUUACUAUGAAUCUGAAAACACGUCUGUUGAGCCAAAGGGAUGUAUUUACCUCUCAUCGACAACUGUAUUAAAAGAACGAACAGACUUACAUGUUGAAAAACAAAAAUAUUACGUAUCAAUCACUUCACACAAUGACAAGUUUGCUCUCUUUAAUAGAAAUGACGUCCACAUGUAUUGA